AUGAGGCUCUCCUCGCUCGCGCUGCUGCUGGGCGCGUCCGCCCUCGGCGCUGCGCAAGCCAUCGGCGCCGAGAAGGAUGACGAUCCCGCAAAGGAGAACACGUACUUCAACGGCCAGAGGGUGCCGCCCGUGCUGGACCUGACGGCCGACACCUUCGCCAAGGAGGUCAAGCAGUCGAAAUAUCUGGUGGUCAAAUAUUUCAGUCCGUACUGCCCUCACUGUAUAGACUUCGCACCCACCUACCAGACCCUGUACGAGUACUACUACACCUCGAAACCCCCGACCAGCGCCGAGGACAAGUCCUUCGAGAAGUAUUACGACAUCCGCUUCGCCCAGCUCAACUGUAUUGCCUACGGUGACAUGUGCUCCAAGCACGAGGUCCGAUCCUAUCCCCAGACGUCUGUCUACAAGGACGGCGAGGUUGUCGAUGUCGUUACCGGCGGCAAGAACAUCACUGUCAUCUCCAAUCUCAUUGAGGGCGUGCUCGAGAAGGAUCACCCUGGCACCCGCCCCCGCGACUUGGUUCUUCCCACGCCCGGCGCGACCAGCCUCCCUGACGCGCCCGAGGUUCCUCAGAAGAAGAGCGAUACCACUGCGGAUAAGGCUGAGAAGCCUGCCAAGGACGCAAAGGCCGCCGACAGCAAGAAGGAUGGCAAGAAGGCCGACGAGAAGGACACUGCACCAUCCCCGUAUCUCCGCGUGCCCUUCGAGGUUCCCGAACCCAAGAAGGUGAAGCCCACGAGGACCCCCAACAAGGACGGUACCUCUGUUGCUCUUACGGCCGAGAGCUUCCAGCAACUUGUCACAAUGUCGCAAGACCCCUGGUUCAUCAAGUUUUACGCGCCCUGGUGCCACCACUGCCAGGCCAUGGCCCCGAACUGGCAGCAGCUGGCCAAGGAGAUGCAAGGCCGCCUGAACAUUGGAGAGGUCAACUGCGAUGCCGAGUCGAGACUCUGUAAGGACGUUCACGUUCGCGGAUAUCCCACCAUCGAGUUCUUCAAGGGCGGCGAGCGUGUUGAGUACGAUGGCCUCCGUGGUCUUGGCGACUUUGUCAAGUACGCCGAGAAGGCUUUGGACAUUGCCGACGGUGUGCCGGAUGUCACUGCCGAGUCUUUCAAGGCAAUGGAGGAGAAGGAAGACGUCAUCUUUGUCUACUUCUACGACCACGCCGCCACCAGCGAGGAUAUGCUUGCCUUGGAGAGGUUCCCCCUGAGUCUCAUCGGCCGCGCCAAGCUGGUCAAGACCAAGGAUCCUGCCAUGUACGACCGCUUCAAGAUCACCACCUGGCCUAGAUUGAUCGUUUCCCGAGAGGGACGCCCUACAUACUACACCCCGCUUACCCCCAGGGACAUGCGCGACACCCAUCAGGUGCUGAACUGGAUGAAGUCCGUCUGGCUCCCCAUCGUGUCCGAGAUGACCGCCUCCAACGCUCGUGAGAUCAUGGAUGGCAAGAUUGUUGUCCUUGGUAUCCUUAACCGGGAAGACCAAGAGUCAUUCAACGGCGCCAAGCACGAGAUGAAGGAGGCUGCCAACGAGUGGAUGGACAAGCAGAUCCAGCUCUUCCAGCUUGAGAGACAGGAGCUGCGAGAUGCCAAGCAGCUGAGGAUUGAAGAGGCCGAAGACCGUAACGACCAGCGCGCGCUCCGGGCUGCCAAGAGCAUCCGCAUCAACAUGGAUCGGUCUGACCGCAAGGAGGUGGCCUUCGCCUGGGUUGACGGUGUUUUCUGGCAAAGAUGGAUCCGGACCACCUACGGUAUUGAUGUCAAGGAUGGAGAGCGUGUUAUCAUCAAUGAUGAGGAUAACCGCCGCUACUGGGACCAGACCAUCACUGGAAACUCGAUUGUUCCCUCGCGUACCUCGAUUCUUGAGACGAUAGGCAAGGUCACCGCCUCGCCACCCAAGAUCAAGCCGAAGUUGACCAUCUCGAGCUUCGAGAAGAUCUUUUUCGACAUCCGUAUGACUUUCUCCGAGCACCCUUACCUGAGCUUCGGGUGUCUUGCUGGUUUUGCUGUCGCGGCCGCCUCAUGGUUCCGCGGCCGCCUUCGAAGAACUCGUGGCUCCAGCUUCCGCGUGGAGGAGAACCUGCCCAUCAAGGAGCUUAAGGAUGGCCUCUUGGGCAACACGGCCAACGGAAAGACGGACUGA